AUGUCCGACGGCGAAGAAGACUUUCUUUCCUCAAGCUCCUUGCCGUCUCCCGCCUCUUCCUUAUCUGACUUUUCUUACGACUCUGAUUCUGGGAACGACGGACAUUGGCGUGGGGAAGCCGACAUCGUUGACGACGGUGAAGGCAACCUCAACUACGACUAUGGCAAUGGCCCAAAUGGCCGCUUGCUAGGAUCCAUCCACGACAUGUUCUCGACGGGGAAGCCCGCCCCGGUUGAGGGGCAUCCUCACCAAUGGGACCAGGGUAUCCCCUCUACGUCACAGGCGAGUGCGAAGCGAGUAUACGGUUCGACCUCGUCGCAUGAGCUCGACCCAGUAUGGCACACCCAGUCGCUCACGUUCCCGUCGAAACGGAGAUCCUCGUAUGUCCAGGGUACCAAUGUGUAA